ACCACCAGAUAAUAACUAUCUCUUUCAUAAAAAGAAUUAUUUCUCUGCAGGUUAUUUGUCAUUGCAUUUGAAUUUACCAGUCAAUAUAAUCUAUUUCACAGAAAGUCAACAUCUCAGCUCUGUGACUAAAGUGUGUGUACAGAGUGGAAAAAGCAUCACCAUUCCAUUCCUCUAUGACCAGAAGUACAAAGAUAAUAAGAAAUUCUGCCAACGAGGAACUGGAGCUGUAAACCAUCCAGACUGGGAGGCUGAAGUACAUAAUGGGAAUACUAAAAGCUCUAAGACCAUGUCUAUGUGUGAUGAUGUCACCAACAGCAUUUUCACUAUGACUGUGAGGAUGGAUGUUGGAGUGCAGUAUACUAACGUGAAUGUUAAGAAAUAUAAUUGUGGUGUUAUAGGAGGUGGGCCAGAUAAUGAGAAAGUGUUCACAUUGUUAGACACAGAAGAUAUUCCAAAACUCCGUGUUCAGAAUCAAACUGUAUUUGGAUAUGAAGGUGGGACUGUGGCUGUAGACUGCCUCCACGGAAACCUCAGUGGAGAGAAGAAGUGGUGCAGAAUUGGUGGAUCUUGUGUGAAAGCUGGAGAAGUGGAUGGAAUGUUAGUGGAGACAGCAGAUGCAGCAGGAGUGUUCAGAGUGACUCUGAGGAACCUCCAGGAGAAGAACAGCGGCUGGUACUGGUGCUCUGUGGGAACAUUCCAGAUGCCUGUUCACAUCACUGUCAAAAGUCAACAUCUCAGCUCUGUGACUAAAGUGUGUGUACAGAGUGGAAAAAGCAUCACCAUUCCAUUCCUCUAUGACCAGAAGUACAAAGGUUACAAGAAAUUCUGCCAACGAGGAAUUGGAACUGUAACCCAUCCAGACUGGGAGGCUGAAGUACAUAAUGGGAAUAAUAAAAGCUCUAAGACCAUGUCUGUGUCUGAUGAUGUCACCAACAGCAUUUUCACUCUGACUGUGAGGAUGGAUGUUGGAGUGCAGUAUACUAACGUGAAUGUUAAGAAAUAUAGUUGUACUGUUGCAGAAGGUGGGCCAACUAAUGACAAAGUGUUCACAUUGUUAGACACAUUAGAUAUUCCAAAACUCCGUGUUCAGAAUCAAACUGUAUUUGGAUAUGAAGGUGAGACUGUGGUUGUAGAAUGCCUCUAUAGAAACCUCACUGGAGAGAAGAAGUGGUGCAGAAUUGAUGGAUCUUGUUUGAAAGUUGGAGAAGUGGAUGGAAUGUUAGUGGAGACAGCAGAUGCAGCAGGAGUGUUCAAAGUGACUCUGAGGAACCUCCAGGAGAAGAACAGCGGCUGGUACUGGUGCUCUGUGGGAGAAUCCCAGAUGCCUGUUCACAUCACUGUCAAUAUUGGUGGUACCACUAAAAACCCCAAUAAAGAGCAAACUGAAUUAAUCAUCUACUGUCUCCUGGGAGUUACACUGCUGUCCGUUAGUACUAUAGUAUGGUUCAUACUGAAAAAGCACAAGAACAAAAAAGGUCAUGGGAGAGACAGAAAGUCAAAUUUGGAGGCUGGAGAUGAUGUCACUUACAGCCAUGUGUCCCAUCAAAACAGAAACAUGGGGAAGUCACCGAGGUAUCCUGUAGCUGAUGAUGUCACCUACAGUGCUGUUGCACAAAGACAUAUCCAGGCUGGAGAUGAUGUCACUUACAGCCACGUUUCCCACCAAAACAGAAGCAAGGGGAAGUCACCGAGGUAUCCUGUUGCUGAUGAUGUCACCUACAGUGCUGUUGCACAAAGACAUAUCCAGGCUGGAGAUGAUGUCACUUACAGCCACGUUUCCCAUCAAAAUAGAAACAUAAGAAAGUCACUGAUGUAUCCUGUAGCUGAUGAUGUCACCUACAGUGCUGUUGCACAAAGACAUGUCCAGCUUUAAAAAACAGCCCAGCCAAUGAUGUGAAAACAUCAGUGAAUAUGUGGAUAUCGCUGCAUCUCUUUGCUGCCUCCUCUUCUCCUCCCUCUGUUUUUAGACCUUAUUUCACUAUACCAGAACCACUGUUACUCUAGGCUUUUGUUACAUUUAUCAUUAAUAAUUCUGUGAAAGUUGUCUAUUAAUAAAUUAAGGCCUACAUGUCAAUCAAGUGUAAGUGGGUAUGAGGGAGCUUGACAUGAAAUGAGAGUGUGUUAUCUAUGUACAGAGAUCUACCUUGUCUGUGUACAACCACCGACACAUCUAAGCAUUUGUGAAGGAUUGUGUGUGGUACUAAAUUAGCUAACUGUUUUUUUUUUUCAGGUAAGUCAGCUGUUUUUCAUGAGCAAUGAAUUUGGCACGUUGUAAGUGAUAGGCCUACAAUUUACAGCCCUAAGAUGUCAUGUCUGAAUGUUAAACAGAACGUUGAUUUUGGAAGAUGUCACAGUUUCACCUUCUUUUAGGAUUCCCAGACAUUCAAUCUUUUGCUAGCCAUUGCCUUACUGAUAUUUUCUGAUACUGAUAUUUUGGGUGUAAUAUUUGAAACCUUAAUUGCAUAUGAAUUCUAUAGUGUUCUUUGUUGAUAACUAAGAGGUAUGCAUUUGUAUGUUUUGGAUUCAUAUUUUCCUUGAUAGGAUAAAAUGUAGUUAUUGUAUUCCAUAAAUAUGUCCCCUAAUAUAUCCAGCCUCAGUGGAAAAAUACAACACAUGAUGAUUUAUGAUGA